CCCGGCUGAGAAUAACCACUUUGCUGGUCCCAAACGCUCUCUCAAGUCAAGAACCAGUUAUUCAGCUUCGACGAGUGGCAUAGCCAAGCCAUACACAAGCUCUCUCACCGUAUCGAAGAUGCUCUCCUUAUAUACUACUCCCAAAGUCACUCCUUUUCGCUCUACUCUCUCUUCUUCUCCCUCGCUCACUGGAACCCACUCAACCAGGCUCAAAAUGUCGUCUAAUUCGCUUCCAAUCCCCGAAAACCGUAUCGUUGUCGGCCUUGGUGCAGCAGGGGUGGACUUCUUGGCGACAGUGUCUUCUUAUCCCAAACCAGACGAUAAGAUCAGGAGCACAAGCUCGAUGGUUCAAGGAGGUGGAAACGCUGGGAAUGCUUUGACUUGUGCAGCUCGAUUGGGCUUAAAUCCAAGGCUAGCUUCCAAGGUUGCUGAUGAUUCUCAAGGCAAGCGUCUACUGGAGGAGCUAGAAGAUGAUGGUGUAGAUACUUCUUUUUUUGCCGUUGCUAAAGGUGGUAUAUCACCAUUUACCUACAUUAUUGUUGAUGAUCAAACGAAUACUCGUACUUGUAUUCAUACCUCAGGAUAUCCCCCCAUGAAACCUGAUGAUCUUUCCCAAUCAAGUGUGCAAUCUCUUGUGGAUGGUGCAAGAAUUGCAUAUUUUGAUGGACGUUUUCAUGAAAGUGCUUUACUUGUUGCACAGGAGGCAGCUCGCCGUGAUAUCCCUAUUCUAGUUGAUGCAGAAAGAGUAAGAGAAGGGUUGGAUGAUCUUCUAGAAUUGUCUACUUAUGUUGUAUGCUCUGUAAAAUUUCCAAAGUCAUGGUCGGGAGCACCAUCGGUUCCAACUGCGCUGGUUUCCAUGCUUUUGAAAUUGCCAAAAUUGAAAUUUGUGAUAGUGACUUUAGGUGAAGAGGGAUGUAUAAUGAUCGAGAGAAGUGUGAAUGAGGUUCCCAAUAAAGAAGUUGAUGUAGAGAGCUUAUUGGAAUCGCUGAAGCAGAAGAAUGAUGGUACCACGAUGUUUCCUACAUGCAUUUCAUCGUCAGUGGAGAAUAUAAGAGCUAAUGGGAUAGGGACAGUGUCAGGGAGGUUGCUCCUGGGCACAGCUGAGAAGAUACCCCCUUCAGAGCUCAUUGAUUCAACUGGCGCUGGUGAUUCAUUUAUCGGAGCAGUACUUUAUGCUCUUUGCGCCAACAUGCCAGUGGAGAAAAUGUUGCCUUUUGCUGCUAUAGUGGCGGGUGCCUGCUGUAGAGGUUUGGGAGCUCGGACUGGGCUUCCUCAUCGCACCGAUCCAUGCCUCUCUCCAUUUUUUGAGUUGGAACAACAAGGCGAUCUCUCAUUCGCUAAGUGAACAAGAAACUCGAAACAACUCGUAUCUGCAUUGCACUAUAACCAUUUGUCAAGAAUGGUGGAUUGAAGGCCAUCGGUACAUAGAUUGAUACUGAAUGUACUUGAAAGAUAUCAAUGUUGUUGAUCAUUACUCUUGUCUAUUUUAUUAUUGACAUGCAAUAUAGUAAUAAAACUUGUAUUAUCACAC